AUGUCCUCUGGGAGACGAUAUGUCACCCCACAGCAAAAGACCAACAAUUACGCCAAAUCUUUUAUUCCUUCUGCCAUAAAGCUUUUAAGUGGUCGGACCUCUCUGUUUGAGGAGGAACUGUCCACAGGAAACGCAUCACUGCGGCUCUCAGGGGUCAAAGUUCAGGAUGAAGGAAGAUACAAGUGUUUGGUUCAUAACAUCAUCAAACCCAUCACAGAGUUUUAUGUAGAUGUGUUUGUUUCUGCUUCAGCUCCAGUGUCUCUGCAGCAGCAGGGGCAGGAGCUCCUGUGUAGAUCUGAGGGAGUCUACCCCAAACCCUCAGUGUCCUGGAGCCCUCCCUCCUCUGCAGCUCUUACCACGGUGACCCCCUCAGAGGGCGGAGUGUGGUCUGUGCACAGCUCUGUGUCUCUGCCUCACAGCCCUCCACAUCAAUACAGCUGUAAUGUGAGCAACAGCAGGGGCAGCUGGAGGAGCGCCACCUACAGGAACAACAGUGACAUUUAUUAUGGCGCAGUUUUUUCAGAAUAUGUGACAAUCCCCUGCACUGAACCCUCUGCUCCAGUGAAAAGUCUCAUUUGGAGGUUCAACCAGAAUCAGACCAUUCUGAGCCGGUCUGGACCAGAGUCGGUCUACACUGAGUCCUGGAGACUGUUUGUAGAUGGAGUCACAAAGUCCAACAGUCUGAUCCUGAAGGUUCUGACCUAAGAGCAGCUGGGCCUG